GGGCCGCGGCGGCUGAGGGGCGAGAUCCGCCCGUAGCUGAGGGGCGGGGAGGCGGGGGGCUGCCCGCGCUGGCGUCUGGCUGUCUGUGUGUCCGUCUGCGAGCGGGGAAGGGGCUAUGAUCGUUCUGGGCCGCGUCUCCGGCGCUCGUUGAAGGCGCAGCCUGCCCGACCAUGGCUCUGAGGGAGCUGAAAGUUUGCCUGCUGGGGGACACUGGUGUGGGCAAAUCAAGUAUUGUGUGGAGAUUUGUAGAAGAUAGCUUUGAUCCCAACAUUAACCCAACAAUAGGAGCCUCAUUUAUGACCAAGACUGUACAGUAUCAAAAUGAGCUGCAUAAAUUCCUAAUUUGGGAUACAGCUGGACAGGAACGGUUUCGUGCUUUAGCCCCAAUGUACUACAGAGGGUCAGCAGCAGCCAUUAUAGUUUAUGACAUCACAAAAGAGGAGACUUUCUCAACAUUAAAGAAUUGGGUUAAAGAGCUUCGACAACAUGGACCUCCAAACAUUGUUGUAGCUAUCGCAGGAAAUAAGUGUGAUCUUAAUGAUGUAAGAGAAGUCAUGGAAAAAGAUGCUAAAGACUAUGCAGAUUCCAUUCAUGCAAUAUUUGUAGAGACAAGUGCGAAAAAUGCAAUAAACAUUAAUGAACUCUUUAUAGAAAUUAGUCGUAGAAUUCCAUCAACUGACACGAACCCCCCAACUAGUGGUAAGGGAUUCAAACUUAGAAGACAGCCAUCGGUGACAAAGCGCAGCUGCUGUUGACUGAUCCAUUAGAAAAUCAGACUUGUUUAUACAGUAGGUGGUCUUGGAAGUUAAUAGUUCACGUUGGGUUUAUAUUAUCAGUCUUAGAUCUCUAUCUGCUGGUGUUCAUACGCCCAAGGUCCUGCAAAAAUGGGCCAGUUCAUCUGACAUCUGUAUGCUCGCAGAAAAGACUGCAAUCAUAAUGUCAGCCUGUUUACUUACAAAAAGUGUAGUAUCUCUUGUAUUCAAAGGGAAUCCAUCAUCAGUUUUGUGGCCUUGCUUAAAGGAAGGUGACUAUGGACGGUAGAAUUGAAAUGUUUAGUAGUUUUGUAAUCAAGAUUUUGGUUUUUUAUAAAAAGGGAAAUGAGCACUUUUGUGGGACGUGGGGGUGGGAGGAGUCUGUUGAAAUUUGAAAGUUAGUCAGAUGUCAUUUCUUCCUUUUCUUCAGUGAGCCUUAUUUGAGAUUUAACUGUAGCUAAUCCAAAGUAUAAUGAGACAGUUGGUUUGAGGUGGCUACAGAAUAAGCAGCUGAAGACAGAUAAUAGGCAAAUCAGUCCAUCCACUCCCCAGAACCCAUUUGCACUUUUUAUUUAAAGAUGAUACACGCCGGGGAUGGGGACACAAACAAGAGGUCUUAAACCACAGACAAUCUUUUUUUCCAUGCUGACUUUAAUCACUUCAAGGCAAACUGAUAUGCUUUAUAGUCAUCUUCUUGUUCUUAGAAGGUUUUUAAUAUUAAGAUGUUGAUUGAAGAAAACCUAGCUGUAGUUCUGACUAAAUUAAGUGAUUACUGACUAAAAACAGAUGCUGUAAACAGAUGCUGCCAAUAGUUCUGAUAAGACUUAAAAGGCUGGAGGGGAAAGCUUUUAAUUGUUUAGCAUGUGUAAAGAGUUCAUAUUAUAUUUAAGAGACCAGUGUUUAAAGUACUCUAAAUUAUGUAAAAACAGUUUUUUAAAAAAAUGCAAUCUUAUUCACUCCUUCCAUUCCACACCUACGGAUAAACUCCUGGGGUUAUCUAUCAGUUGUUUUUUUUUCCAGCAUUUUAGGUAUUGUCACUGUUGGUGACUUCAUCCAGAGACAGGCUGAAAUUCACUCCUUAAAUCCCAUUUGAAAGAUCAAAUAGAGGCUGCUGUCAGUGCAAUGUGAGGUCUGUCUGUUGAACAAGUUUUCAUCUGUGGUGCACCCAGUCUUUCCUGUUUUGGGCACAAAAGUACAAAUAGGAAGUAACCUUAACACAUGUGGUAAUGUAGAUCAUUACCUCUUGGUUCCUGGGCUUUUUCACCUGUGAGGACUUUUUUUUUUUUUUUUUAAGUAAAUCAGUGUUUGGCUUAUAUUGUGUUGGUUUUAGUAUGCUCUCAAUUAAACUAUAGAUUGACCAUACCCUAUUGUGCUUUUUUAUUUAUUUUCGCUUUUUGUUUCCUACUGGCAGUAGUGAGGAACUUUAUACUUUUGAAGAAAAAGAUCUUAAAAUACUCAAGUAUAUACUACUAUGCUGUUGAGCUUUCCAAUUGAAAUGAGGUCAUGGUGAGAUAUUUGUUCUCUAUAAUCUGGCUUUCUAUCAUCUCAAGUAUUUUCUCUUAAGGAAAUGGGAGAAAAGUUUUUAAAAAAUGAAAGAACUUACAAUUCAGAUUAGUUUGUAUUAGUCAAAAUUCUUGUAGAGCUCUUAUGGAGCAGAACAGUUAAACUGUUAGGGUGAAAUUUUAAAUGGAUCAGUACGUUUUAAUGAAAUUUGACUACAUUUUUUAAAUCAUUGUACAGGCUUCAUGGUUCAUGCAUAAAAUUUCAUUUAUUAAAUAAUAAAUCUGGAAAUUUUCUUGAACUAGAAAAUAUAGUAAGAAAAGGAAAGUAUUAAAUAUCAGGAAUAUCUUCCAUGCAGGUUAGUAGAAAAAGGUUUUUGAACUUGCUAAAUUUAUGGCUUGUAGCAUGGAAUAAAAAUGGAGUUUAAGUCCUCUUUUUCAGUGAGAUAAUAAAAAUCGUGUAAUGUUAUCUAUCCAAUAUUUAUUGACUUGAGAAGAAAUACUGAAUUCUAGGCUGGACUGAGAGCUAGGUUAAUACUGAGAUUAUUGUAGCUGUCUCUAGUCAUACUGCAUCAUGUACUAUUACAUCACUUUUAUUAUCUCACUGAUCCUAUAUAGUAUCUCUUAGGAAAUCUUUAUAAAGUACAUUCUAAGCUAUUCUCAUUUAUUUGAUGCAUACCAAAAUUAGUCUUAAAACAAA